AUGAGCGAACCUGGUGGUUUGUCGCAACCAUAUGAGCCAAUUGGUGAUUGGAAGAAAUUAAAGCUGCUCCUGUGGAAGAACUGGACGCUGCAAUGGAACCAGAAAAUUCAACUAUCUUUUGCACUAAUUCUACCAGUGAUAUUUCUGCUACUUAUUGUCGCGUUGCGUGUGCUGGUGGAGCCAAAAUCGAUGCCUGUAAUCAGGUACCCGCCCGUGUCCAUAUCGGAUAUGAAAAUAUUUCAGAAAUCAGUGAUACACGGAAAUCUAAUUAUGCACGAUAAUGGAUCGUUAAAUAUACCCAAAAAUAUACUCUGCUAUACGCCGGAUAGCACGGCUAAUCGUGCAAUUAUCGUUGCUGCCACCAUGCGGCUGAGACUUUUGAGUUGGCGAUCCUAUGACACUGCCUCCCACAUGGAAUAUGAUUUAGUGACGCACAACUACUUGGCGGGUGUGGAGUUUGAAGCGACAAGUGCGGAAGUGAACGAGAGGGGAUUUCCAUCUACAUUCAAUUAUAGACUUCGAUUUCCCAGCGAACUGCGCACUAUGUACGGGCCAUUUGUGGAGACUUGGAGGACGACCAAUCUCUUUCCCAUCUACGAUAUGAGUGGACCGCGCAACAGCAAUGCCAGUGAUGGUGGUGUGCCUGUUGGCUACAUCAGGGAAGGCUUUCUGCCACUGCAACAUGCUCUGACAAUGUCCUGGCUGCAACUCAGCACGGGCCGCAAAGAGAAGGAGCUACCAAAGAUACAUCUUCAGCGUUUUCCCUAUAGAGCGUACAUUCAUGAUCCGUUGCUGAGUGGACUGCAGCAGCUGUUGUCCUUUAUCAUUCUUCUCAGCUUCAUUUAUCCGUGUUCCUUUGUGGCCAAACAAGUGACCAACGAGAAGGAGCUGCAGCUGAAGGACAUCAUGAAAUUAAUGGGCAUCCACAACUGGAUCCAUUGGCUGGCGUGGUUCAUCAAGAGUUACAUUAUGCUAAUGAUUGUGGUGCUCCUGCUGAUGGGCCUACUCCUUGGCAAGUUUUACAAAUCUGUUGCCAUUCUAACGUACUCCCAUUGGCUGCCACUGCUGAUAUUUCUGCACACAUAUGUUUUUGCCUGCAUUUGCUUUUGUUUCAUGAUUGCCGUGUUCAUUUCCAAGGCGAGUACUUCAGCGGCUGCCACCAGCAUCUUGUGGUUCAUCACCUACAUCCCAUAUUCCUUUUCGUAUUACUACUAUGAUCGCUUGAACCUGGCCACAAAACUUGUCCUGUGUCUGCUGAUGUCAAAUACGGCGUUGGGCUUUGGUUUUCAUGUGAUUAUGGCCUGGGAGGGCGCAGGCGAGGGCGCUCGCUGGAAUAACAUGUUUCAGCCGGUGUCCUUGGAUGACAGUUUAUCGCUGAUUUAUGUGAUUUUUAUGCUCACAAUUGGCGGGAUAAUCUAUCUGAUAAUAUGUCUAUAUGCGGAACAAAUCUUUGCUGGAGACUCGGCAUUGACCCGACGCUGGUAUUAUCCUUGUCGGCGUAAAUUUUGGACGCAGCUGCUAAGUCCUUCUGUCAAUACAAAUCCCCUGCCCCUAAAUAUAAGUAAUGCCAGUAAAAUUAAUCCAAAUAUUGGCAUUCAGUUGUGCAAUCUUCACAAAAACUACGGCAAACAUAAAGCCGUCAAUGGAUUGAGUUUGAAAAUGUAUCGCAAUGAGAUCACAGUUUUACUUGGCCAAAAUGGUGCGGGAAAAACCACAACAAUUCACAUGCUAACGGGCAUAAUUCAGCCAUCGGAUGGUACGGCAUUAAUCAACGGAUUUGACAUCCGCAACCAACUGGAAGCUGCACGCAGAUCUUUGGGCAUUUGCCCACAACAAAAUAUUCUCUUCAGCCACAUGACGGUUCGGGAUCAUAUUCGAUUUUUUAGUCAACUAAAAGGAGUGCGCGGUGCGGCUGCCAUUAGCUUGGAAGUUAGUAAAUACAUGAGAUUAAUGGAGCUGGGGGAUAAGUCACGCAUUGCUGCUGCUAAGCUGUCGGGUGGCAUGAAGCGUAAACUUUCGCUGUGCUGCGCACUCUGUGGCAACACCAGCAUUGUGCUGUGCGACGAGGCAAGUGCGGGUGUCGAUGCAGCCGGACGUCGCAGUCUCUGGGAGCUGCUGCAAGCGGAGAAGGUCGGUCGCACUGUCCUGCUAACCACACACUACAUGGACGAAGCGGAUGUCCUGGGCGAUCGCAUUGCCAUUUUGUGUGAUGGCAAACUCAAGUGUUAUGGCACUUCGUUUUAUCUAAAGAAACGUUUUGGCAUUGGCUAUCGACUGAUUUGUGUCAAGCAACAGAAUUGCAAUGUGGUGGAGGUGACACAGCUGCUAAAUAAACAUUUGCCAGCCAUACAGCUGGAGAGUGAAUUCGGCAGCGAAAUUUCCUAUCUGAUGCCCAACAAAUACGCCAAGAAAUAUCCCGACUUAUUGAAUGCCCUCGAACAGCAGACGCAUCAGCUGAAAUUGGAUGGUUAUGGCGUGAGUGUAACGACUUUGGAGGAUGUUUUCCUGCAGGUUAGCCACGUAGCGCCAGAGAACUCUUCGACUCAGUCCCAGAAUGAGGAAGGUUUCAAUGAUUUAUUUUCCGAUAUGGAAAUGAAGGAAAAACGUUGGCACACACGCUGCUGCAUGCGCUGGCAGGCUCUAUUCUUGAAGAAAGCUCACAUUACUCGCCGCAACUUUUGGAUAUUGUUGAUGCAACUCUUUCUGCCCAUUUUAAUUAUGUCUUUAACUAUACUCAACUCAAAGGGUGGUCGCAUCUACUACGAGCUCCCUGCCCUGAAGAUUUCCCUGCAUCAAUAUCCCAAGGGUUAUGUGAUAUUUCAUGCUGAAAAUUCAAGUCAUCAAAUGCCAGCUUUGGGUUCCAGCUACGCGAAUCACCUGCGUAGCCAUGGCUUGGGCUUUAAGCUGAUAAACACCAGCGAGUCCCCUGUGGAAGAUUAUAUUUUGGGCAUAGGUAAAGAUCAGCAUCGACGCAUUGAUUUUCAGUACUUGGCGGGGUUGACCAUUGGCAGGGAUAAUCUCACAGUCUGGUUGAAUAAUAAGCCACUGCAUACGGCUCCUUUGACACUCAAUUUACUGCACAAUGCGCUGGCUAUGGAAAUGCUGGGCAAGCAGGCCAAAACGGGUGUAACCAAUGCCCCACUGCCGUACAACAAUCAAACUCUGACUUUGCGUUUGAACAAGGGACAGCGUUUGGGUGCGGAAAUUGCCAUAAAUCUGAGCCUCUGCAUGAGCAUCGUGACGGCUCUUUAUGUCAUUCCAAUCAUUAAGGAGCGCGAGACACGUGCAAAGUUAAUGCAAUUCCUGACCGGAGUCGAUGUGUUUGCGUACUGGAUCAGCCAGUUGCUGUGGGAUUAUGCCAUAUUCUCGCUCUCUGCCCUGAUGGCCAUACUCACAAUUGCCGCCUUUCGGGAGCCCGGCUACUCAACGCUCUACGAUUUGGGUCUAUACUUUGGAAUAUUGUUAUUAUUUGGCUUGGCUGCACUGCCCCUCAGCUAUGCCAUUUCCAGUUGCUUCUCGGAUGGUGCCACGGGCUUUACGCGCACUGUCAUUGCCACCACUUUGACGGGCACGGCGUUGUUCAUGCUCGUGUUGGCGCUGUCCUUUGAAGCCUUUCAACUGAAGCACAUUGCAGUGCAGCUGGCCUGGUACUUUCGUGUGUUCCCCCAUUAUUGUUUAGCGAGUGCCAUUCAUCAUAUUCACAUUGGAUUCAACAUUCGUCGUGGCUGCAGCUUUGCGGGUGUGCGAAAAAUGUCAAAAAAGAUACGCUGUCGCACCAUUCCCGUGUGCUGCAACAUUCCCGGGUACUUUGAUUGGCGGCAUCCCGGUGUGCUGCCAGAGAUCAUCUACCUUUGCUCGAUGGCUGUGUUUUUGCUCUCAUUACUCAUGAUUUGCGAUGCCAAAAUAUGCACAUGUGAGGCUGUGUGCUGCAAUCCCUAUAAACUAUUGUGUUCGCUGUGCAAACGUCGCAGAUCAAAGGGCCAGUCCACGUUCGACAACGAUGAUGUCAAGCGGGAGAAUUUCCUCAUUAAAAAUCUGACAAACACACAGCGAAAAAAGAUACCCCUGCUGGUGGAUGGCAUUAGCAAGCGGUAUGGCAAGUAUUUUGUGGUCAAAAAUCUCUCAUUUCAUGUGACCCAAGCCGAGUGCUUUGGUCUGCUGGGCAUCAAUGGCGCCGGCAAGACCACAACCUUCAGAAUGCUCACCGGCGAUGCGCGCAUCACUGCGGGAUUUGCUUAUGUUGAAGGCAGAAACUUGUGCCAUAAAAUGCGUAAAGUGUACGAAAAAAUUGGCUAUUGUCCUCAAUUUGAUGCGCUGUUCGAUGAUCUAACUGGUCGCCAGACACUGCGCAUUUAUUGCCUCUUGCAGGGCGUGCAAAGGCGACAUGUGCCGCAGAUCUGUGAAGCACUAUCCGUAUAUUUUGGUUUCAACGAACACAUUGAUAAAUUAACCAAACAUUAUAGCGGUGGCAAUAAGCGAAAGCUGAGUGCUGCCAUCUCAAUUAUUGGUAACCCUUCAAUCUUGUAUUUGGAUGAACCAACGAGUGGCAUGGACCCAGCAGCAAGGCGGCAGAUUUGGCGAAGAAUCGCUCACAUACGGGCAUCGGGCAAGUCGAUUGUCUUGACAUCCCACAGCAUGGAUGAGUGCGAGACGCUGUGCACCCGUUUGGCCAUUAUGGUGGAUGGACAAUUCAAGUGCAUAGGAUCCGUGCAAAAUAUCAAAAAUCGAUACUCAAAGGGUCUUAUCUUGAAGCUAAAAAUUAAGCAUUCCCGCCGAAGUGAGCAGCCAGCAGUAGAAAGUUCUUCCAGUUCCGGAAUGUCAGUGGAGGAGAGCAAUGUGGAGCAGGAAAAAAUGAAUAAAAAUGAACUAAGUAAUGGCACUGAUUUAACCAGCAGAAUUUUACAACUAAAUUCGUUUAUUGCCAAAGAAAUACCCGAUGCAGUGCUCAAGGAAACCUGCAAUGGCAUGCUCACAUAUUACAUUCCCUUGAAGCAAUUAAUGUGGUCAAAACUAUUUCGAUUAAUAGAACAUAAUCGAGAAAAAUUAUACAUCGAAGAUUAUUUAAUAAUACAAACAAGACUGGAGGAAAUAUUCUUGGAUUUUGCCUUAAAACGGGAUCAGUCGGAGGAGAACUAA